GGACUCUGGUAUCGAAACACCGAGAGGUGCCUGGACCCACCACAGGGUACUCACGGGGGCUCCAGGAGGAUGGACGCCACAGCACACUGUCCCCUAAGGGAAGAGGGGACGUCCUUCCGUGCCGCGGGCCUGAGGCUUGACCAAGGAGACGGGGCCAACUGAGAAAACCCGCGGCUCAGGAAACAUGAACAGUGAGACUCGUGGUGCAGGCCGGAGGGAUGGACUGGGGAUUGAGACAGAACUCUGCAAAGUCACGGGCAGCUUCCUGUCUCCCGAAACCCGAGCAGCCUGGUGUGGAGAUGACCGUCAUUCCCGGUCUGUCCUCGGGCGUCUCGGCCAGGCUGGCUGGUGGACAGUCGCGGACGGGCCAUCGUCAGCCCCCUCCUGCUGGGAAGGGAGGACACGGGAACUCGGAAGCUAAUGAACGAGGUCCGGAGAGGCGGGUCACCACUCAGGGCAGCGCCCCCUCCCAUUCCCGCCAGCGUGGGGGCCACCACAUCCGCUCAUCAGCUUCAUCUGCCUGUCGGACCCGCCCCCACUGGCCACCCACAAGACAGCAGCUCCACUGGGUCCUGUAGUUGGUGGGAGCCGUGAGGACUGCCCGUGAACACUUCUCUUUCUGGGAGAGAAGAGCUUUCAGCAGUGCUAACUCGGCCCGCAGAAUGGACACACGGCCUCCCCGCCUCCAUCCCACCAAGAGGACAGCACACCGGUGGGUUCACACGGGCUCGGCCCUGGCCCAGCCUCCCGAUGCCUGCGAGGGAGGCGCCAACGUGUGGGGUCAGCGGGGUAGCACGGGAGACUCGAAGGGGCCAAGGUUUUCAGAGGCGAGAGGGCCUGAGGGGCCCUGGGCUCCGGGCAUCAGAAGGCGGGAGGAGCAGACGCCUGCGGGCACGCGGUGACCUGGUGUGAAGAAAGCAUUUGGAAAGCAGGAACGGGAGGCUCUGGAAACGCUCCCAAGGCCUUCUCCACCCCCUGCUCCGGAGCCCUCCAGUCACCACAGAGGACCUGGCGCCACCUGUCCCCACACGCAGGUACUACACUCUUCCUGUCUCCCCGUCCUUGUCCUCUUGGGGACUCAGCUGGUUUAUACCUGUGAGCUCAGGCCUCUCGCUCCGUCUGUCCCAUUUCUUCUCUCUCCCUGGCCCCCCUCCCCUCCGGCAGCCUCGCGUCCCCCAGAGGCAGACGUUGCUGUUGUUUGUUCAUUUUGUUGUUGUUUUCCUCUUUGGCUAAAUGCCCAGAAGUUGGCUACUGGGAGGUCCGGUAGUUCCACUUUUAUUUUGGGACAGUUCUGUCUAAUACAACAUUUAGAGAAACAGCACCAACCUUGGGUUCUUGUCUAAAUCAUUAUGUUCGGAAGAAAGUACCUUUAUGACCUUAUGAGGAAGCCAGUGCAUCAGCGUAACUAAGGAUAGACCAAGGUGAAGACACUCUUCUUCAGUCGGACGAGGUGUUUUCACUGAAGACCUAAUGUGGAGGAAGUCACAGCGUGAUUGAGUUGGGGCCCAGGGACGGCUGCCGCGAUCACAACUUUAGGGCAGCUUGGACAACCUGGCGGGGAAGGUUGGGGGGCGUCCGCACGCGUGCAGGGAAUGGAUUGCCCGAUCUCAGCAUGUCCACAUCCCAUUUCCCCUUAAAGGUCCAGCUCAAAGUCAACCUUCUCCAGGAAGUCUUCCUUGAUUGCACCUUCCCCCACUAUAGUUUUUUUCCUCCAGACUCCUACAGCAUUUUGUCUCAACUGCUAUUAUUUUUUUAAAGACUUUAUUUAUUUAUUUAUUUUACAGAGAGAGAGGGAUCACAAGCAGGGUGAGUGGGAGAGGGAGAAGCAGACUCCCCGCUGAGCAGGGAGCCCGAUGCAGGGCUCGAUCCCAGGACCCUGAGACCACGAGCUGAGCCGAAGGCAGACACUUAACUACAGAGCCCCCAGGCGCCCUGAACCACUAACUUACCCCCAGGAAUCUGGUCCUUAUGACAGCACCUGGAGUGUUUUACGUUUUUAGAAAGCACGUGAGACACACCAGGAGGGACCUGAACUACUGACCGUAGCAUCUCAAAGGCAUCAUUUACGUGCUAACACAUGUCUGUGUCAUACACGUUGAGGCACACAUUUAUACCCGAAACACCCACCCUUGCAGAACAUGUAAAGGUACAGAAGUGAGCACACGCGAAGACCAUUCAGUGACAUCAUCUUGUGCACAUAGUCAGAUAAGGGGGACCAAGGCACAGGACUUUAAGCCCGCCCCCCGGUCCCUGACCAGGGCAGCCACCUGGUCUAAAAACCCUCUCCGUCGUGGGCCAGCUGGGUGCUCCGGUGGGAGAGCCUGAUGGCUCCGGCUCACCGAACACCACACUUGGGCUGAAUCCUAACUGCCCCCUUCUUAACCUGUGACUCGCACAAGUUGUCUCCCUUCUCUGGAGGUGAUUUCCCCUGCGGAAUGCAGGAAGUCAGCAUCCCAAGGCCGCGUGAGGUUAUAACAGACGCACGGCAUGUUAUGUCCCGGACGUAGUAAGUACGUGGCGGAUUGUUUAUUACUGUCGCCGUCCACAUUGCCCUCCUCGUCCUUCCCAUGGAGCGCCCAGCGCGCGGACUUCUCUCAUCCACAGAGGCCAGAACUCCACCCCCAGCAGCUGCCCCGGGACGCCCACACCAACCCUGCUUGCCGACCCCCGACCCAGACGCGCUCUCCUCCCAACAAGGGUGGCUGUGUGCAGAGCCGCUCGACGGGGGCCCCCAGGUCCCAGACUAAUGACGGCUCACCCGGCCAUGCCCCUCCAUGAACCAACACAGCCCCGGCGACGUCCCUGACUAGAAAACGGAAGCCACAGAUAGCGGCUGACCGUCUCCUUCAGGAGUAACCCCCCGUGCCUUCUCCUAGACCACACAACUGUGCAAAAAUGCGGCUUUUAUAAGGGACCAGAAGAGAGAGCAGUGACUGACCCACUAUCUGGGGAGCUGGAAACACCCACAGUGGAGGGGACCCCUCCCGGAGGAAGGCCAGGAGGGCAGCGUUUGCAGAAAAGGCCAUGAUCCGUCUGAAGACAUUGCUUCUCCUGAUCCUCCUGUCUGUGUGGCUCUCCCAGGCCUUCCCAGUCCCUGGGGGGUCCCCAGAAGAGGCGGACACACAAGAGAUGGACACACAAGUCGUUCAGGAUUACCUAGAAAAGUUCUACCAGUUACCGAGGAGAGGACUGCGGUCGCAGAGGCAGAACAGCCCUAGCGUGAUCGUUGAGAAGCUCAAAGAGAUGCAGCGCUUCUUCGGGCUGAGCGAGACGGGGAAGCCGGACCAGCAGACGCUGGCGGUGAUGCGGAAACCUCGCUGCGGGGUUCCCGACAGUGGGGACUUCAUGGUGACCCCUGGAAACCCCAAGUGGGAACAAACCAACCUGACCUACAGGAUUAUUAAGUACACCACACAGUUGUCCGAGGCCGAUGUGGAGGAGUCUAUUAAGAAAGCCUUUCAAGUGUGGAGCAACGCGUCACCCCUGACCUUCACCAAGACCUCGCAGGGAGAAGCAGACAUCAAGAUCACUUUUGUCCAAGGAGAUCAUGGCGACAAUUCUCCAUUUGAUGGACCCAAUGGGAUCCUGGCUCACGCCUUCCAGCCGGGCCAAGGUGUUGGAGGAGACGCGCACUUCGAUGAAGAUGAAAUAUGGACCAUGAAUUCCAGCAGUUACAAUCUGUUCCUCGUCGCCGCCCAUGAAUUUGGCCACUCCUUGGGGCUCUCGCACUCCACGGACCCCGGAGCCUUGAUGUACCCUAACUACGCCUUCCGCGACCCCAGCACCUACACCCUCCCUCAGGACGACAUCAACGGCAUCCAGGCCAUCUACGGUCCUUCAAACAACCCCAUCCAACCCACUGGACCGAGCACGCCCACAGCCUGCGACCCCAGACUGACGUUUGAUGCUAUCACCACCCUCCGUGGAGAAAUACUAUUCUUCAAAGACAAGUACUUCUGGAGGAGACACCCUCAGCUGAGAAUAGUCGAACUCAACUUCAUCUCCCUCUUCUGGCCGUCCCUGCCCGACGGCAUACAGGCAGCCUAUGAGAAUGUGGACGAGGACCUUGUUUUCCUAUUUAAAGGUGGCCAGUACUGGGCUCUGAAUGGUUAUGACAUUGAGCAAGGUUAUCCUAGGAACAUCUCAGACUACGGCUUCCCAAGCAGCAUCCGAGCAAUCGAUGCAGCUGUUUACUACAGGAGAAAAACCUACUUCUUCAUAAAUGACCAGAUCUGGAGAUAUGAUAACCAAAGACAAUCCAUGGAACCAGGUUAUCCCAAAGCCAUAGCAAGUAUCUUUCCAGGAAUAGAAACCAGAGUUGAUGCAGUUUUCCAGCAGGAUCAUGUCUUCCUUUUCUUCAGUGGACCAAGAUAUUACGCAUUCAACCUUGAUGCUCACAGGGUCAUCAGGGUCGACAGAAGCCAGCGAUGGCUGAACUGCUGAGAAAACCAAAGCCACGUCACACCUGCUUGCACCCCCUUGCUGCCUGCAGAGGGAAAGCCCAGUUGUACAGCCAUUUUCCUGUGUCCUGUUUAUACUUUUCCUAACAUAUGUAAUGCUGUUUGCUGUCGCUGUCCUCACUGAACCUGCCUUCUGGGAACAUACAUCUGGAGCACCCGUUGUCUCCAGGUUCCUCUGAUUCCAUCUUGAGAGGAGAUGAAGCUUCCUUGUCACAUCAAUAUCCACUCUACCGGUACCACUUACCUGACUUCUGCAAUGCUUGUGUAUAACCUAAAUCUCCUUUCUCUGCUGUAUACUGUUCAACACUGGGCUUUGGUGAAGUGUAGAGACCAGGAACAGCAUGAACAGUGCCUCUUGCCUUUACUGAAAACGUAGUGUUAUUCUCCACCCUCAGAAAAAAUACUGUGGAUCCGUGUUGUGCCUUGAAUUGUGUCAUCCCAGAAAGAGAGGCUGAAGUCAGUGGUAGGUACCUAUGAGAAGACCUUAUUCGGAACUAGGAUCUUUGAAGGUAGCAAUCAGGUAAAAGGAGGUCAUGCAGGAGCAGGCUGGACAUAAGGGCUGGGGUCCUCGCACGAGGAGGAGCCACACAGACACGUAGCGGACAGAGAUGCGCGAGCACAGAGACAGACCCACAAACGGCGCACCCACAAGCCGAGAAUGGCCAGCAACCACCAGAAGCCAGGAGGAGGCAAGGAAGGAUCCCUCCUUGGACCUUCAGAGCAAAGAAUGUUAUCCUCCACACAGCUUGGUCUUAGACGUGCAGCUUCUAGAACUGGGAUCGAGCAAGCUGGGCGGGAGCCUGCGGUGCUUCCUUCCGGCAGUCCUGGGAUAUCUGACAGCUUAGUCAACAGGAAAGGACAAAGUUGAACCCUCUUGGAGGGUUUCUGUCACCUUCCCCAACAAGGAGAAAAAGGGGGGUACCACAUUCUCUUCUGUCUCCGCCCUACUCUGUCCUUUUAGAGUCUAAGCAAGUGAGCUAGUGAAUGGACCUGUCGCUCCUUAUUUCUUCUUCUCCAGGGAUACAUGGGAGGGCACACUCUCCCCCAAGGAAGAUUUACUGCACAGACAGAACAGCAGCAGGCACAGAAUUCAGUGAACCCCAUUACAUUAAACUAAGCUGCGAUGUAUACCUUUGAUAGUGGUUCUUUUCUGUCAAGAACUUUAGGGCUCUGGGACCAUAAUGACUAAUCCAGAUAUCAAAAAUCAUUAAAAUGUCAUAUUUGCAGUUGCUAAACUAUAAUGCAGCUUAUUACUCAUUAAGUAAGCGAAUUGUAGAAUAUAUGUAUUACUAACACAUUCUAUUUCCUUUUUCUAUUUUUAAGUCUCACAGAUAAUUUAGUAAUUCAGUACCUUACUCUGGUUCAAAAAUUACUGGGUUGGAAAUAAAUAUAUUAAAUGAGUAA